AUGGGACUUCUUCAGCUGCUCUUCCUGACUGUUCUGGCUGCCUGUGGCUUCUCAGAGGAGCAGACAGAAGACAUCACCAUAGCCUACAAAGUGCUGGACGUUUAUCCUCAGAGCCGUCACGUGCUUAUAACCUGUGACAUCCCCGAGGCGCCCCGGCCCGUCACUUACUCUCUCAUGGCCAGCCAAGGUGUCCUGGUGAGGAGAAGGGUUGUGAGUGACCACAAGCCAGCCUCCUUCAACAUCAACAUCACACUCAAGCCCAACCCAGACCUGCUCACCUACUCCUGCCAGGCAGCCUCGACCUUGGGCACCUACGGGCCCAGCACCAGGCUACAGAUGUACUGGGAGCUGUGGGCCAAGCCUGUGUCUCAGCUGCAGACUGGCUACACCCUGUACCAUGGUGACUCAGGCCCCACUGUGGCGUUCUCCUGCGUGGCAUCCUCAGGCAGUCCACCCAUCACCUACCGCUUGGUGGGGGAUGACGGGCAUGUCCACUCCCAGCAAAGGCCAGUCCAUGGGAAACCUGCCAACUUCUCCGUCCUGCUGUCCCAGACCUCGGGCUGGUUCCACUGCGAGGCUGCCAACAGCAUCAGUGUCGAUAGCAGCACCCGCGUCCUGCUGCUCCCAGAGAAGCUGCCCCUGGCAGCCACCUGCAUCCUGGCUGGUAGCCUUGUCUCCAUUGCAGUCAUUAGCUCUGGGAUGCUGAGCUCGGCCAGGUUGUGACCGGAAGACAGAACCAUGGGGUUGCCUUCCUGCCCUAUUCAAGAACCCGCCAAUGGAGCAAAAGGGAACCUGGGGGAUGGGGGCAGGAAAAGGGGGAGCAGAUCGGGGUACCAAAAGUAGUAUACCCCAAAAGGGGUCCAGAAGUCUGGAGCAUUAGUGUGAAUGGGGCCCAAGGGAGUAAAAUUGUAUUGUGUGGGGGAU